AUGAUGGGCUUGUUGCUUUGGAUUGCCAUGUGGGCCAUCAAUGCUCCCAACUGGAGAAGAUUUCCUAUAGGCUAUAUUUGUGUCUUUUUCAUUGCACUUGUUAGCAAGAUACUGGCGAAUAAUGUUGUCCUGAAAAAGGCGAGUAUCGGUGAUUCUAUCUGGGCCAUUAUUUUCGGUUGUUUCGUCCGAAAUACACUGUCUUAUUUUACAAAGUCCAACAUUUUACCUCCGUGGCUUAAAGUAGCUCAACAGACAGAACUGUACAUUGCUAUAAGUUUAGUCUUGCUCUGUAUUGAUAUUAGUGUCUUGCGUCCCUUGGCACCGCGUGCCUUGUUUGUCAGCUGGAUUGAUACACCUACCUUGUUCAUUGUGAUUGCUUAUUUCGGAUGGCAAGUCCUCCAGAUUGACACACAGACGGCCAUUAUCAUGUCUGGUGCUACAUUUAUCUGCGGUUCCUCUGCCGCGAUUGCUUUGGGUUCCAGCAUGGGCGUGCCUCACAAGACAGAAAUGCCGAUUGCCAUCAUUUCUAUCUUUACCAUUCCUAGCAUCAUUGCGUUACCUUACGUUGCUAAACGUUUAGCGUUGUCAGCCACGGUCAGUGGCGCUUGGUUUGGUGGCUGUGUGGAUUCCACAGGUGCUGUGAUUGCUGCAGCGAGUAUUUAUGGCGACCAUGAUGCGAUCAAUACGUCGGCUGUAGUUAAGAUGAUGCAGAAUGUCUUGAUUGGUCCAUUGUCUGUCGUCAUGGCCUGGGCAUGGUCUCGUUACGAACUUCAGGCUGCUUAUAAACGUGAAGAAGAACUGCUUGGUCGAAAUGAAAAUCCAGAUGACGCCAUUGUCCAAUCACAACUAGAUGAACCUACAGAAACGGAAGGGAUCAAUACCCCAUCUGUCAAGCACCCACGAAACAUCCAUGCUCCUUCGCGACCCAAAGAAAGCGCCUAUGUCUUGCUCUGGAAACGGUUUCCUAAAUUCGUGAUUGGGUUUAUUAUCACAGCUGUCUUGUUUAAUACUACCAUUGAUACGGCGGAUACAAGAUCAUUGGUCAAUUCGUUUUGUUUCUAUGUCUCUGAAUGGUUCUCGACCUUGUCGUUUGUCAGUAUCGGUAUGGGACUACAGAUCAGUGACAUGAAGCAAAAUAUUCGAAGCUUGGGUAAAUUAGUGACGUUGUACAUUGUGGCUCAAAUGGUAGACAUUGUAGUGACAUGCGUUCUUGCAUGGACAGCAUUUACAUACUUGUAA